GGCUGUGACGUACAGCACGCUUUGGGGAGGAUCUUCGUCGUGGGCUGACCUUACUUUUUAAGGCUUGAUUGUGGGGCCGAAAUUGAGAAAGGUGCUUGGUUAUGAAAGAUUUUCUUUCUUUAGUAAUCGUUCUUGGAUUAUGUUUUUGCAAUAUAGCUAGCCUUUCAGUGGAAUCAAUUAUCCUGCAACCCACGUCAAUUUGCAAUUUUAGCUUUUCCAAAAAACCCUCAACGCCCACUCCAGCACAUACGUGGAUGAAUGUGGAGAGCGGCACACACGUUCCAUGGGAGCUUUUGACCCCUGGCACGGUUUACGUUUCUCCUCGGGGAAUUUUGCAUGCGAUGGGAGAUAAAACACCUCGUACACUCAGGGCACGUACGGCGAUAUGGCGACCUAAGGGUUGAUUAGAUCGCUAUGUAAGGAAGGCUUCUUUUAUAGCUCCAGAAGGCGUUAGCCAGUCCUCAACUUGUGAU